AUGGCGGCGCCGCCGCCGGCGCCAUGGGUGAUCCUCGGCCGCGUCCUCCGCUUCGCCCCGGACGAGGUGCUAGAGGCGGAGGAGGAGGAGGCGCAGGUUCAGUACGCCGACGUCGUGGUACCGGAGGUGGAGGACGUCGUGGCGGAGGAGGAGGAGGAGGCGGAGGAAGAACCCCACUUCACCCUCUCGUUCGUCCGGCCGCCGCGGGUCACCAUCGUCGAAGCCGGCCUCGGAGCCCACCCCAACCCCGACUUCCCCGACAGGUACCCCUACAUCAUCGCCGCCGGGCCCCAAUGCCUCCUCGCCCACUUCGGCGACGGGCUCUUCCGCGGCACCUACUUCCGCAACUUGCCGCAUCGGGAGACCCACCUCGUCCUGGUGCGCAACUUCGAGACCCCGGUCGACUUUGGCCCGACGACGGCCUCCGCCGUGCACAUCCCCGACCGCAUCGGCGCCCCCUUCCUCUGCAACAUCGGGAACAUCGGCCUCUACUCCGACGACUACGGCCGCUACAAGAUCGCCGAGCUCCAGCUUCAGAGGGGCUUCGAAGCAGCCACGAUCGUCUGCUUCCAAUCGACCAACUACGGACACGCGGUGUGGCACGUCAAGCACGUGGUACACCCCAUGGCUCAAGUGAACCGGAACUGGGUUCCCCACGGCGCCGUCACCCUCCACAGCACGAUCUGGUGGUUCGACCUCUCGUGGGGGAUCCUCAGCUGCGACAUCGACGACGAGGACCCGGAUUUGCAGUUCCAUCACGUCCCGGACGGCCGUGUUCUCACCGCAGCCACGCCGGACAUCCACACCAAGCGCUGCAUCACGGUGAGCCGGAACAAGCUGCGGUACGCGGAGAUCGUCACCGACGGCGGAGGGGCGAGACUGUGCAUGUGGACGCGGAGGAUCGGCCCGGAUGGAUGGACCUGGUACGUGAAGAACGCAAUGAACUUCGAGAUCCUCUGGGACGACGACAGCUACGUCCGGACCGGGCUGCCGCGGAGCGUCCCCGUGCUCGCCGCCGUGUGCCCGUCGGACCCCAACCAUGUCUGCUUCGCCCUGGAGCAGCGUAUCUUCGGCGUCAAUGUGCGCUCGCGCAGGGUCGUGAGCAACCAGCCCUAUGAGCUGGCGAACAUCCCAGGUCCACAGCAGCCAGCCUCCAGCCGCUACGUUGUCGCUUGGGACCUACCACCAGCGCUUGCCCAAGCUCUUGGCAUGGACGCCGGCUUGGAUGAGCAGCCGUUACCGGAAACCAGCGCGGAGGACCCAGCGCCAGAGGAGGAGGAAAUCGACUUCGUCGCGGCGCCGUAG